AUGUCCAGCAGUUUCGCGCGCUACGCCCGAGCGCCCAUCGAGCAAGAGGUCGAGGAAGAGUUGGGCUCUUGGAAACAAGAGACGCGGCAUUUCCUGCUCCAGGACGUGACCUCGUCGAUCACUUUCGCAGCGCGUGAACUCGAGCGGAUCGAUUUUAUGUGGGGCCGCAUCCGCUCUGACCGUGACGUGACUUCUACUGCGAUUGACGCUGUUGUGCGCGUAGAGGGCCAUCUCGUGGUGUUUGCGAAAGUGAUACCCAAGUUGACCAAAGCCCAGCGGAACGCUCCGAGCAGUAGCACACUGCAGCAUUAUUGCGUGUUGGACCAGAUCCUCGAAUUCCACGGUAUCGUACAGAGCCAAGCGAGGAACCUCGUGGCGCUUGAGAAGUUUAUGCGCGCGCAACGUUGUGACGUCAUGGACGACCAGUGCAGCAACGAGAACGUCGAGGUUUAUGUGGAGAUCGUGCAGCAGACGUACCAGAGUCUUGGUCGUAUCUGCCAGGAGCUGCGCAACGCUGCUAACGUCCUGCGGCUGCCCAGCCGUCGUCGAUUCCCGUACUGCUCCCACGUUGACCACACCUUCCAGCCGGCGCUUCCGUCUGAAGUCAUUGUUGACUUUUCGAUACAUCGAGGCGAAUUGCUGGUCGAAGCUUUUAGCCUCGUGGCUACUCAGAAAGCGAUCACGAAUAUACCCGAGGGCUGUGCGUCGAGGAGAGAGUUUGUCGGCUGCGUAUGCACUUUCCGAGGACAAAAAGUCGAAAUUGUUGAGUACACUCGAGUGUCCGUGCCAAUUCCGCCGCUAGAAGAGAUGCUGGUUCACCUCGACGAGCAAAUUAUGUGGCUCGGUCAUGUUCGAGAUAAUGCGAAAGCAUUGCUUGAUUGUCAAGACAUGUAUCAUGAUAAGUACUAG